AUGAACAGUGCAUCAGCUCAAGUGAGGGAUGAAAUAUUAUAUUUGGAGGAGCAGGUUGCUUUGUUUGGUGCCAUGAACGACCCAUAUGCUACUGGUAAUGUACCAAGUCAAGAAAACGAUGAUGUGAUUGUUGGUGUAUCGUUAACAGCCGAAGAAGAAACAGAGAUUGCAUUGGACGCCAAUAAGAUAGCAAAUCUUAUCGGAAUAACCAAUAGCGAUUCAGCGGUUUCUGGAGCAGAUGAUACGGCGGCACAACAAACAUCCGAUCAAAUGGAAGUUUCAGCUUCCGGUUCAUCUCUUGAUGCACUUACAGAUGGUAACAUUGAUACGAGCGCGGAUAUCGUUGCUGCUGUUAGUGUAUCUACUGAUAAUGCAGCUGCUGAUAAUGUUUCGUCUAGUGUUGCCACUUCCACGAAAAAUACUGGUAUAGCAUUGGUAGCACCUGCAGAUAGCGCAGCUGAUUUAGCUACGGUUACGGAUCAGAUAGGCAAUUCAGUGGUAGAAGGAACAACUAGUGCAGUUGAUUCAAGAGCAAUUCCAGAUAAUGGAUCUGAUUCAGUUGGGACUGUUGACUCAAGUACGGUUGUGGACAGCGGAGAUGGUGAUAUAAAAGAUACUGGUAGCGCAACUGAUGAUUUACCUUUUGACGCAGCAGACAAUGCAAAUUCAGUGACUGACAGUGCAACAGCAACUGCAGCUGCGAACAUCAUUAAAAGAGGCAUUCAGGAUAUGAAGUCUUAUCUUGGUAGCAGUGACAACGUUGCUGAAGAAAAUUUUAAAAAAAGUCGUGUUAUCGAUUACAAAGCCUUGGGGCAUGUAUAG